UCACAUCAGCCUAUUCAUUUUAACACUUUGGCUAUCAGUCACAGAGCAAUUUUCUACGUUCUAGCUACUUAAAAAAUCAAAGAAAUUCCCACCAAAAUUAGCCGUCUUAGGCGGUAAACGAAAUUAACGCAAAUGAAAUGGGUCUGAAACGCUUUGUAUCCUCGUUGAUUCGCAAGUCACCGAUCAGUCCAUCGGAGCCUGGGAAAUUGGCUGCUGGCUGCCCGGCCGUGUUCGCCCAAGACGGCAUGUGGAGUGCCAAGUUCAAUAGUGCCAAGUCCAAUCCCAAUCCCAAUUCCAAUCCCAAUCUGGAGAAGAUUAACGGGCAGGCGAUCAAGCAAGAGGCACCCUCAAUUCGACUCCCACGCAAACGUUCUUGGCUACAGAGGCGCACAAUUCCCUCGUAGUCCUCGCGUGGUAAAAAUCCCCAGAAAUGCUAAAUCUGUAAUCGCAACUCCCCCUCCCCUCCCCCCGUCGACGUUUUGCAGUUUGGCGUUCUGGUGUGCAAAGUAAAUGAUUUAUUACUUCAA